CCUGGUUUCAACUAAAGCAGCUCCUCUGUUUCUCACAACAAACAAAACUCAAUCUCUCUCUCUCUCUCUCUCUGUUUUCUUUUCUUUUUUUCUCCCCUGCUUUUUCAACAAUGGAAAACAAUGACAAAGCUGCAAUCUCUCCAAUCUCAGUCUCAACCCCAUUUUCUUACUCUCCAUCUUCUUCUUCUUCACCCCCUACUCCUCAUUAUUCGCCAGGUUUUCCUUCUCCAAACUCCCAGUCUAAUUCUCCCAAGAAUUCUCAUCAACCCCCUCCACCACCAGCUUCUCCUCCUCCAGUUGUUCUCAGCCCUUGCGCCGCCUGCAAAAUCCUCCGCCGCCGCUGCGUCGAGAAGUGUGUUUUAGCCCCUUAUUUCCCUCCAACUGAGCCUUAUAAGUUCACCAUUGCUCACAGAGUUUUUGGAGCUAGCAACAUCAUUAAGUCCUUGCAGGAACUCCCAGAGUCUCAAAGAGCAGAUGCAGUUAGCAGCAUGGUGUAUGAGGCCAGUGCUCGGAUUCGGGACCCGGUAUACGGCUGUGCCGGAGCAAUCUGCCAGCUUCAAAAACAAGUCAGUGACCUCCAAGCACAACUGGCCAAGACACAAGCUGAGCUCGUCACCAUGCAGUGCCAACAAGCCAAUUUACUAGCCUUAAUCUGCAUGGAAAUGACACAAUCUAAAGAACCCACUUCCCAGCAGCAACCUUACAGCAUUGACACAAGCUGCUUCCUAGAUGACAGUAAUCUUGCCUCAGCCUGGGAGCCUCUUUGGACAUGAAGAAUAGAUAUUAAGGUGGAAAAAAUCAAAAAGAAGAAAGAUAUUAGUUAAAGAAUUUUCAAUAAAGUGAUUAGUUUAUGGUAGGUAUGUGUCCCUAAUGCUUUUUAAUCAGUCUUGUUAACCAAAGGGAACCUUUGCAAAAGGAUUUCAGAUUGAGGGUUUCUUAUAAUUUAUUUGUAAUCUUACAAUGGCCAAAUAUAAAAAUAUUAGGAAAAGAGUGAUGGUAGAUACAAAAGGGAGGGAGGGAAAGAGAGCAGGCAUGACUGUCUUUAUCCCUAAGUCUGCUAAUUUUUGAAUUAAAGCAACUUUUGUUACCUAAUUUUAUCUUCUAAAAUAGUUUCUCUGAUCA